GCUAAUCCAUUCUUUGAAAACUCUGAAUGUUUUUAAAUGGAUGUUGUUAGCUUUACUAUAGUUAUUUAAAAUUUGUUGUUAGUAUUGGUUAAUUUGAAACCUGAAAUGAUUUCAUUUUAGAUGACUUUCAAACACCAGCUAAAUAUAUGAAACACAACAUCUACCUUAUCUCAAAGCAGAGAAACCCCAAAAGAGAAUGUGUCAGGAAACUGACUGAUUCAAAUUGGUCCUUAAACUCUUAACUUCUAGUGUUUGUUUUAGGAAUCGAGUUACGGUUCUGGCCUGAAUCUUUUUGUUGUUCGUUUAUUUUCAACAAAACUAAUAACACUGCCAUUUGGAUGGAUUGGGGGUCUUAGAGGAAUCUCUCUAUAUGACCGUUAGUUAGCAAAUCCAAGCUUAAUGUAGGGUCUGAGAACAAGUUGCAAGACUCAGAUAGCAAACUUGAAUGCUCACUGGGUCACGGUUUUAUUGGUUAAUCAGAUGGUUGGUCUCAGUUUGGGAUAGUGCAAAUACAAGAUUUUGAAUAGAACAUAUUUAUAUAUUUGUACUCUCCCAAACUAAGCCUUAACCAAAACCCACGCAUAUCAAAUGUUCCAUCCUUUGCUUCAAACAUAAAGUAUUAACACUUUUAAUUACCAGCCCCUGCUAGUUAUUCUCACUUGAAGAUUUAGAGCUAGUAGCAACAGGGUCUGUCUACCCAUAACAAAUUAAACAAAAUCCAAUGAUCUGUGUGAGCCCAAACAAAAGAAAUAUAUAGUAGAAUCUGGUAUAGAAACUUGUCAAAAACAAUCUUCAGAGUUCAGAAUAAUGCAUAUUUCAGUACGUCACCGAAACCCUUGUUUUUUGUAGUGUUCCUUGAACUUGUAUAUGGACAUGGAAAAGAGUAGGUGGGGCAACCAAUUUGAAUUCAUCAGGCCCAAAAGCAUUUUCUAUGCAGUAUAAAACCAGCAAUCAUAGGUGCUUGAUCAGCUUACUUAUUUCAGUUGUAAUUUUGAAAUUGUAUCUCAUAUUCAAUCAAAGUGGUAGAAGUUUUCUUCUUUCAGCCAACAUUUAAUUUUACUUGGUGUGACAAACUUAGAAAAGUUCCAGUGCAUGCUUAUAACCCUUGAAACUUUAUUAGUGCACUUGCAAGAAUGUAGAAUUUUAGCUAUAGGCUCAGAAUCAUAGGCUAUCUAGUGCAAUCCCAAUUCCAUCUGAAUGAAUAUGGGUUUCUUUAGGUUGGACCAUUACCCUAAGUUUGGAUUCAUUAAUGGUCUUUUUCAAUUUUUAUUGCUGCAGAUGGCUAAUGAAGAAAACCAAGAGGCGAACGUCCCUACAAAUGAGCAUUCUAGGGAUGAUAUAGGAGGUUCAUCCUUCCAAGCCCCUAGUUCCUCCCGUAGACGACAGGGACCGGGGAGGCGUGGCUGCACUAUCUUGCCCCAUGUACAACGUAGGAGCAGAGAACAAGCUCCAACUAUUAAGAUGGACAAACUAGGCCGACCUAUAGGGGCACAUCGGCCGGAGUUGGUGUCUUACAUUGGUGUAUUGGUGAGGGACUGUUCUAAGGUCCUAGCCUAUAUCACCGAUUGGAGGACGUCACCCUAUGAUGUGAGGGAUAGAGUUCACAACGCAAUUCGAGAGAAGUUUAUAAUAGAAAAUGAGUUGUCUGAGGAAGACCUUCUCCGUUUGGCUAGGAAGUAGCUCUGUGGCUUUCGAAAUCGUAUAAAGAAGGCCUACUAUGAGAAAUAUGCAACAGAUCGUGAGAGGGCAAUAACAGUGGCGAUUCGAUGGGAGAGAAACGUUGAUCGUAGUGAUUUGCUUCGUUCGUUUACACAUUGGGAUACUCCAGAGAGCAAGAAAAAGUGUCAGACAAUGGCCAAGGUGAGGGCUCGUAACAAGGUGAAUCACCACUUAGGCCGAACUUCUUAUGCAACUCUUCUCCAUCAGAUGGAGGAGGAGGAGAGCAGACAAAACAACGCCCCCCCCCCCCAGGCGAGAGGACCUAUUCAAAAGGGCCCAUACAAACUCCCAGGGGGAGUUCUAUGAUCCUGAGGUGAGGGAACUUUCUGUAAGUAUUGCUUUUAUAUUUAGUUGGUUUGUUUUAGGAGGAGGAGGAGAGCAGACAAAACAACGCCCCCCCCCCCCCAGGCGAGAGGACCUAUUCAAAAGGGCCCAUACAAACUCCCAGGGGGAGUUCUAUGAUCCUGAGGUGAGGGAACUUUCUGCCAAAAUGACAACAUAUGUGGCAGAGCAAGCAGAAGUUGGCACACAGGUUGAGGCCAUCGGUCCCCAUGAUGCAGUGGCAGCAGUUUUGGGAGAUGAGCAUCCAUCAUGGGUGUGCUGUUUGGGAUUUGGGCAGACUCCAAAGCGUGCUUUUGGUACUGCAAGGUCUGGAAGCACCUUUCAAAGUACAAUUGCCACCACAUACACAACACAGUUGGAGCAAGAGAACCAACAACUUCGGGAAAAGGUGGACAAUCUUCAAUUGAACGUGGUGAACCUGAAUUCGCAUGUGCUACAUUUGCAAUCAUUCAUGGAGCGGAUGAAACAACAAUAUGGCAUGCCUAUGCCUGAUCCAUUCCCCACGCUCAACACAGUUCAGAGCCAUGCGUCGGAAAACACUCCUGUUCCACUUAGAGAUCUUGAUUCCCAUCAUGCAUGUCCAUCAUCAAACUCGGGUCCUCUCGUGCACAUGUAACAAAUAGGGAGAAGGAGAAUGUGAAUGUAAAGGGGAAAUCCCUUUAUUUUGGAUGAUAUUUUAUCUUGUUUUUUUUUUAUAUUUUUUGUUUAAACAUAAAUGUUUAAUUGUAAGUAUUAAAGUUUUUUGUA